CGGUGCAAGCGCACGCCUGUGUAUGUCUGUGUGUGUGCAUGUGCGUUUGGGUGUGCAUGCCUGGGCAAAUUGACGUCUCCAAAUCGCACGUGUGUGAGUGUGUGUGUGCCCUGCGGUGGACGGGCGUCCCGUCGGCGCCCCCAGCCUGCCAGGCUGUGUGCGGGAAAGGAGCUCUCUCUCCCCCCAGACCCCGCGGCGCCGCAGUGGGUGGAGUGCUCCUGCGAGCAUCUGAGCACGUGCAAGGGCCGGACCUGCAGGGGCGAAGUGUGCUUUCACACCGAGAACGACGGGGCGGUGAAGAGGGGCUGCUUCUCGGGCGACGCCAAGCUGCAGUGCCACAGCCACCCCAGCAUCUACACCACGUGCUGCAGCACGGACCUCUGUAACGCCAACAAGAUGAGGCCGAACGGCACACGGCGCGGGGAGGACCCGCCGCGUGAUCAAGAUCGUAGCAGCAGCCUGGUGGUGGCGCUGUCGGUCUCCUUCCUGCUCCUGUUCGUCCUGUCGCUGGGGAUCUUCUGCCUGGCCUGGAGGUUCCUGAUCCGCCGCCGGUGCCGCCGGUUACCACCCCUGGACGACCCGGACGACGUCAAGGAGAAGGUGCCCUGCGGAGGGGAUGGCACCUAUGGGGACAUGUUCGACGAGUUCUGCACCUCAGGCAGCGGCACGGGUCUGCCCUACCUGGUCCAGCGCACAGUGGCACGCCAGAUCUCCCUGGUGGAGUGCGUGGGGAAGGGCCGGUACGGCGAGGUGUGGCGCGGCACGUGGAUGGGCGAGAACGUGGCGGUGAAGAUCUUCUCCUCGCGAGACGAGCAGUCCUGGUUCCGCGAGACUGAGAUCUACAACACCGUGCAGCUCCGCCAUGACAACAUCCUGGGGUUCAUCGGCUCAGACAUGACCUCCAAGAACUCCAGCACCCAGCUGUGGCUCAUCACGCACUUCCACGAGCUGGGCUCGCUGUACGACUUCCUGCAGAACACCAGCGUGGAUCCCGAGGGCUGCCUGCGCUUCUGCCUGUCCAUCGCCUGCGGGCUGGUGCACCUGCACACCGAGAUCCUCAGCACGCAGGGCAAGCCCGCCAUCGCCCACCGCGACCUCAAGAGCCGCAACAUCCUGGUCAAGAGGAACCGGCAGUGCUGCAUCGCCGACCUGGGCCUGGCGGUGAUCCACUCCCAGACCAAUGACUAUCUGGACAUUGGCAAUAACCCGCGUGUGGGCACCAAGCGCUACAUGGCGCCGGAGGUUCUGGACGAGUCCAUCCGGACCGACUGCUUCGAGUCCUACAAGCAGACUGACAUCUGGGCCCUGGGGCUGGUCCUGUGGGAGAUCACACGCCGCACCGUCGUCAACGGGAUCGUGGAGGACUACCGGCCCCCCUUCUUCGACGCGGUGCUGUCGGACCCCAGCUUCGAGGAGAUGAAGAAGGUGGUGUGUGUUGACCAGCAGAGACCCAGCGUCCACAACCGGCUCUGCACCCACCCUACGCUGUCCGCCAUCACCAGGCUCAUGAAGGAGUGCUGGUUCCAGAGCCCCACUGCCCGGCUCACCGCGCUGCGCAUCAGGAAGACGCUGUCCAAGCUGGACCAGUCCCCCGACAAACUCAAGCUGGACAUCUAGUGCGCCCCAGGCCAAGGAGGUGGAACCCCCAGAUGCCUGCCCCUCGAGCCCCUUGUAAGCGCCUCUCCCCCCUCCCCAGCUCAACGUCCUCAGCUCAGACAGCACAGCUGGUCGGCACCACUCCCAGCCGGGUCACAUCGGCACAGUGCCCUGGUGUUGACCAGCGUCUUGAGCCCCACCGACGGCCAGCAGCUGUGCCAGCUGUGUGCCAGCACUGCCCCAGCCCUCAGCCAUUAUUUACCAGGGGCCUCCACACAAGACAGGUCACGUCAGGACAAAUCUGAGCCUUAAAACAGCCAGGAGCCUGGCUUCAGCCAGCCAGCUGGACAGCAAGUUCCUUACUGGAAAACAACAGAGGGAUAGAAGUGUAGCUCAAUUCCUGGGAUAGUUUAUCCCUCUGGAGCUCUGAGCCUGCUGCCAUCCCCUUUCCAUCCUAUUCCCGGGUAGUGGACCCGAGUCCCGUUGCCUGGCAUUUUCACCCAAUCCAUGUUUUACGGGGAUCGGAGCAGCCCAGUGACGCUCUGUCUUACUUUGAGUAGGAUGUACUGUACAUCCAAAUGUGCUGAAAAUAAGCUGCAAGGUGUCCUGCAAGGACCUAAACUGGUUUGAAGUGCCUGGUGUCCAGUACUGGGUUACUAUGUACUUUGACCAACAGAGCACAGUGCCUCCUGGUGGAAGCAAUGAGCAAUGCAGUUGCUGUUCACUUAGGGCUUGUUUUUUAUGGGGCGGGGGGGUGGGACCGCGAUAAAGAAGUCAGUUUUUAACCAUGAUGGGGGGGGGUUAGCAGAUACAGCAAUGCCUCUCUUAGACGGAGUCACCUCAGCGUUCUCUGUCCUGGCCAUUAGUUCCUUACUUAAAGAACGCCUGUGCAGGAGCAGCGCUCCUGUCCCUGAACACAUCCCCUCUGAUCCAGGCUAGACCUGCCUCUGUUAGCACUGAUUCC